ACAAUCCGAAGCAAUGGCAGGUGGCUCAGGAACUCUGACAUGGCUACAGAAAGCCCAAAAUCACAUUGAGAACUCACAGGAAUGGCGAGACUUCACAGUGCAGUUAUGUGAUGCUGCCCAGCAGCAGAUGACUGAGAGCCAUGUCCAUUUCUUCACAGACCUCUCUGCGGCAGAGAAGGCUUUCGACCUUCAGCGAGCUGCCAAGGCCAUCCAAGGAGGAGACCUGUGUAAAGCCCUGAUGUCUCAAGUUAGCACUUGCCUAGAGGAGCAGCUGUACAUUCAAGUUGCUCAUGAACUGCAAGAUGGUGAUCGUCUGAAAAACAAGUCAGCCCUGGUUCUGAGUCACAUCAAGAAUGGAGUGAUGAAUUUGCUGGAGGAAAGACCAGCUAUGAAGGGGAAAUUGCAAGCUUUUUUCAACCAGUCCCUCCCUGCAGACUUGAGAAGGCUCACCUGGAGGCUCCACCUGUCUAAUACCAAAGCACGUAUGGAGUAUCUGUCCCAAGUAGCAGUGAAUAAAGCUAAAUCCCCAAAGGAGUGGGAGAUUUUCCUGAGGUCUCAGGUUCUGCUGUCCACCGAACCCACCUUCCAGCACCUGAAAAAUAACAAAGCAGAGGAACCUCAGGAACCCCUGCAGAAGGCACUGCAGCACAUGCUCCAACCAGCCAUCAGUACAGUCUUUGUAGGCUACCUGACCAUGGAUACGUUGCUUUAUGUCUGGGACCAGGUAAUCAUUGGACUUGAUCAGCCAGCAUAUAACUGCCUCCCUGCAUUCAGCACAGCCUUCAUCUUAUUGCUUCGGGACUAUCUGAAGACAUGUCAGUCACCAGGCCAGGUGGAAACAGCUCUAAGGACUCAAGGGCCAAAUCUGUCUGUGCAAGAAUUUCAAGACGUGAUCAGAAAACACUUCUUCAGAGAACUCUCCAGCCAGCUACACAGAGAUGACAGUGACCCCUUCCCAGUCCAUGCUCCCACACAAGUUUUGCCUCCCUGGAGCUACUUGUACAGAGUACCAGUACCUCCAAGAACCAGACCUCAGGACACAAGACAGGCAAGAGAGGAACGUGAGAUGUUUCAAAGGCAGCACAGGGAGAGACAGAAACAGGAAGAAAGGUUGCAAAGGUUUAGAGAAGAGGAACAAAAGAGUUAUAGGCAACAAGAGGGCAGACUACUACAGCUUCUGGAAGAGACUAAAGGAACCUCUGAAGCACAAAGGAUCUAUCUGGAAGAACAACUAUCACAGGAGAAACAAUUGCGCUAUGAAAUACAGAGGAAGGCAGAGGCACAGAUCAAUGGGCUGCAAGCUGAAAUCAAAAGACUCAUGGACAAGAGGCUUUCUAUUGAUGCAUACUCAGAGGGAAGCCUCACAGCACCUGCACCUUCGCUGCAGUCCCUGACUCCAUCUCAGACGUUGCAUCCUCAACCUUCCCCAGUACAAACACCACCUCCUACAGUUACAGAUGGCACAAAUAGGACCAGGGAAAUUCAUGGCAAAACAGCAAAAACCAUAACACUGGAUCUACUUGAACAACUAAUGCAGGCUGCAAACACAAUGGCUAAUGGGAGCAAUGCAGCUGAGCAGGACUCUUUGAAUGCAGCUACCAAAGAACAUCUUUGGAACUACAACCAAGACUGCAAAAAUGCAGAGAUUGAAGUAUUUGGGCAUCAGAUAAACACAGAAGACAGAGAAAAAAUUCCAGAACCCAAAAGACAACUAAGGGAAAAAUUAACUACAGCUAUCAGCAGAAAUGCAGAGGCCCCUUACAAAGCACAGUUUGAAGCAGGGAGGAUGUUAUCAGAGCCUGAUUAUAUGGGUAUGAUGCUCUGUACCUCGGGAGAACACCCAGCACCCCCAUGUUCAUCCUUGUAA